AAUUAUCCAGUGUGGAAGAUUAGGGCAAUGGGAGUAUCGAACAGGAGGAGGAAAGAAGAGCACAAGGGAAAGGGGAAGAGAUGAAGCCAUUGAAGAGCUUCGUGAGGCUCGAGCCUGGAAGGCGGCCAAGCGCCCUCAUCGUCGCCGCCAUUCUUCUCUCCCUCUGCCUCCUCUCCCUCCUCAACUCUCGCUUCGUCUCCACUCCUCUUUACGCAAGAUGGCCGGCGCUGGGAGGAAAAGACCCGAUUUUGACUUGGGAGCUGCUUGGGGACGACAAUGGAGAUUCUACCUAUGGUGAUGAAGAUGGGGCGAUGGCGCGCCGGCGAGAGCCGAUCUGCUGGGGAACAAGCAGGAGAUCUAACGUGUGCGAUGCCCGAGGUCAUGUGAGGAUUCUGGGGAGCUCGCGGACCAUCUUGCUGCCCCGCUCGGCAACAGAUCGGGAAUGGGCGAUCAAACCCUAUUGCAGGAAGCACGACCCGCCGGCGAUGAAGAAUGUGACGGAGUGGACGCUGAAGCCCUUGCCCGGCGAGGGGCCGUCGCCGCCGCGCUGCACGGCGAGGUUCGCAGUCCCGGCGCUGGUUUUUUCCGUCGGGGACUACACCGACAACCUCUUCCAUAGCUUCACCGACGUCCUGAUUCCCCUUUUCAUCUCCGCCUACGGGUUCCGCGGCGAGAUCCAGUUGGUGGUGGCUGAUCGGAAGGAUUGGUGGUUGGAAAAAUUCGUGUUGAUCCUGAAGCAGCUCUCCAACUACGACCUCGUCGAUGCGGACGGAAAUGAGGGCGUCCUCUGCUUCCCCCGCGCCAUCGUCGGCUUGGACUUCCACAAGGAGCUCGGCGUCAACGCGUCCAAGACCUCGGCCGGCUUCUCGAUUGUGGAAUUUAGGGAUUUGCUGAGGAGGGCGUACCGACUGGAGAGACGGGCGGUGGGGGAGUGGGCGGCGGCGGCGGCGAAGCCCACGCUGUUGAUCAUAUCGAGGAAGGGGACGAGGGCGUUCCUGAACGAGGAGGCGAUGGCGGAGACGGCGGCGAGGUUGGGGUUCCAGGUGCGGCUGGCGGAGGCAACCCGUUCGAGCGACGUGGGAGAGUUCGCUCGGCUGGUCAACGCGGCCGACGUGAUGGUGGGCGUGCACGGCGCCGGGCUGACCAACAUGGUGUUCCUGCCUGCCGGAGCAGUGCUGGUGCAGGUGGUCCCGCUAAAUGGGCUAGCGUGGCUGGCUCGGGACACGUUCGAGAAGCCGGCGCCGGCGAUGGGGAUCAAGUACUUGGCCUACCACAUCGACGAGGCCGAGAGCACUCUCACCGAGCAGUACGCGAAGGACGACCCCGUGCUGAAGGACCCUCGCUCCGUGCACCGCAAGGGAUGGCCGGCCAUCAGCAAGACGUACCUCGAGAACCAGGACGUGAGGAUGAACCUGACAAAGUUCAACAACACGCUUGCGGAGGUGCUCAAGCUCUUGCCCGGCGGCCAUGGCCGGAAAAAUACAGUGUGAGUAGAUCCCUCCUACAAAUUCUACUUCAUCUUCUUCUUCUUCUUCAAUUUGUUGGUUGCAUGAUCACUCUUUUCAAUCUUGCUUCCACUCUACUGUAAUUAGUGAUCCCCAUUGCAAAAGAAAGAAAGAUACAUGUCCCUUCCUUCUUAGAUUACUCCAGGAUUCCUUCACCUCAACAAUUUGCUGGAAUCCAUUACUUUUUAGGCAUAUUAUGAACUAAAUCUCCUUUUCCUUCUCAAAAAAAGGAGAGUUUUGAAUGCACACCUCACUAAAUCAUGGACAAGUGAUUAAAUUAGUUAGUUUUGUGUGCUUUUGUAUGGUAA